AUGUCAUCAGCCGAAAACAAAGACGCACCUGUUAAACCUAAACUUGCCACACAAGCUAGGAAUGUGCAUAAAGGUGGCAAAGAAGAGAAACCGAAAAAAUGCUGCUGGAAAGCAUACUUUCUGAGCGAUAUCUGCAUACAGGUCACCGCCUGGUUGCUCCUCACCGCCGGCUUGUGCAUUAUAGCGUGCACCAUUUAUGUGGGUAUUCUGAUGGAAAAUAAUCGCGGUAAAUGUGCGGAUUUCAAUCAAACUCAUGAAUUUGAUUACGUAACGGAGCAUACUGGCGCGUAUGAGGAGCCAACGACAGAGAAUUUGAACAAAAGCGUCAGGUCUCUUGCUCUACCGAUUUUGGAUGUUGCGGAAGACAGAAACGGAUGUAGAGUAAUUAAUUGCAAGGUCUCUUGUAUGGACGCGUUUUAUUUCUAUGAAAUGCUUUAUAAGGCUACCACGGCUGCCACUUGCACCACUUUCGACGCGGUACUAAUCAGAGAGCAGAGUUUUGUAAAUGGUGUUUUAGACAAUUUCUGGAUUGAUUGCAACCGGCCCAUCUACGAGCUAGUAAUUAGUGAGAGCAAUGUUACAUGUAUUAAAAGUGGCGCCUUCAAUUCACCGCUCUUCGUGGAUACAUAUCUCUUGACGUUAAGUGGCCUACAAUUGACUAAAGUUGGUAGUGGUACCUUGCUAGGUUUGCGUUCGCUGCGUUACCUAAUCAUUGACACACCACUUACCGACAUAAAUCGCGCUUUCUUCCAGCCAGUUCAAUCGACACUGAUGCACUUGCGCAUGAAUUGCGGUUUGACCAUAUUACCGAACGCCAUAUUCGGUGUGAGUACGUUGGAGAAAUUAGAAUAUGCUGACCUAAGCAAAAAUUUCUUUUACGGCCCACUAACACGACAAAUGUUUCGAGCCACGCCCAAUUUGCGCUAUCUACACAUGACACAAUCGAGAGUCACUGCUAUCGAAGCGGAUGCAUUUGACGAUCUGAGUGGGGAGCUGGAAGUGCUUGAUCUAUCGGAAAAUUUAAUCAAAACUAUUUCAAGCACUGUGCUAAAACCGUUAUUGUUGGGUUCGAAGCGUACGCUGAUCAGUUUGGCGCACAACAAGUGGAAUUGUGUGUGUGAAUUGCUGGAAUUAGCUAAACUCUAUCGAAAAUACCGUAAGUCAUUUUUAAGCAGCAUCUUUUGUCAAUCUCCUGAGCUUCAACAUGGUAAGCCGUUGAAUGAAUUGAUUUCCAAAGAUGGUAAUUGUAUGUUGAAGAAUAUCAGCGAGACUUACGAAUCGCUAGUCACCACAAUUCAUAAUAGGGUAACUAGCACUCGCACUAAAACAACUAGACCAAGUGCAACAACUAAUAGGACAAUAUCUACGACUACAAUGCACCAAACAACACACACAACGAUUAGCCCAACAACCACACAAAAACACUCUACAUCUACUGUCAAAUGCAACACCACAAUCGCAACGUCAAACGUGAGUAACAACGCAAUAGAAAGUGAUGGCUCCAGCAGUCGGUCUAGUGCAGAGGAUUUAAAUACAAUACAAUUGCGUUGCUUGCACAUUUUGAGAAGUGGGAACCAAAGAGAAGUGGUAUCUAAUACAGCGGUUUCCAAGCGCUCAAAAGCAGCUUUUGCGUCGGAUUCUAAAAGCUUGUCUGAACUUAACCAAACAGAAACAAGCGAAGACAUCGUCGAAAAUUCCGUCGAGCUGGAGCAAAGCCUAACGGUAGCACCAACUGUCACGCAGUACUUAAGCAAAACUACUUCAGAAGUCGUCGGGAUUACGAAUAUAACGAAGUUACGGAGCAAACGAGAAUAUCACAAUCCAUCGAUGGCCUAUUAUAAAUUUGAGGUUCCAACAUAUAAUUUCAAGUUGACUUUGUUGGCGAAUAAUUCAGUGCAAGUGCUGAUAAACGAUUACACAGGACAACCGAAAAUCAAUAUGAUAUGGUUUAGCCGCCAGAAUGAAGUGGCUAGUAUUGAGAAUGACGAUGAAGCAGCACAAAAUAUCGACUAUCAUUGUGAGAUGUAUCAAAGACCAUAUUUAUUGGUUAGCAAACUUAGUGAGAACACCACUUAUACAUUUUGCAUGUUAGAAAUACCGCAAACAACGAUUUCGCCAUUCAAUUGUCUGCCAUUGUAUGUGCCGAGUUCGAUAAUGGAACCAGAUAAUACCUGGAUUACGCAGGAGGAUAAACAAUUCACUUUGGGCAUGUUGUCAUUGAUUUUCACACUUUCGGCAUUGUUUGGUGGAAUCAUUGCCUAUUUCGGUAUCAAAACAUAUCCGGAACUGUUGGAGGGAUCGAAGAAUGUUUUGGUUGUAAAGCGUUCAGAACAAGAGUCCGAAUAUUUGCAAAGUAUGGGUUCCAUUAAAAAGGAACCGCUUAGUAGACGAUCAACAACAAAGCAUAUACUAGCAGCUUCGGAAAUGCCACCGUUGUCCUUGCCACCACCACCGCCAUUCAGCGUAUCGAAUUACAAUUUGGAGCGUUUAUCGAGCAUCAAAUCGUCUUCUACAUUAUUUGAGAGUUCAUUCUGUCCGCCGCCAUUUUCCGUUCUGGACGAUCAAUAUGAGUUGCCCAAGCAAUAUAGUCGAAAUGUCGAAGAGGAGCGUUGCGUGCCCAAUCCAUAUGCCAUGAGCCCGUGUUCGCCACCACCCUUACCAAAGCGGAAUCCGAGCAUUACUUCGUCCAUUGCGACAAAUCGUUUCGCCAAAAUUAAGUAAUUGCAGGCAUUUCAGAAAAGGGUUUUGAAA